AUGCCGCAACCCAGAGUAGGUGAAAAGGAACACGACCCCAGUGAACGCUGGCUCGGACUGCUGGAGGAGCGUUUGCCACCACUGUUGCGCAGGGGCUACAAUGGGGAGGAGGCGGAGAAGAGUUCGGAACAUUCCUCCACCGAUUCGUCGUCUAUGGCCCAGGAAUCUUUCGCAGAAGCUGUCGACAUAACCAACACGCUAUAUCGAGCCCGAAAGCAUCGAAACUUGGACCUGCUGACUUAUCUUGGCUUUCGGUUGAACAACUGGGCUGCUGUGGAUUUCGUUUUAGGUCGUCUGCUGGACGCCUCCGAAGCCGCCACUGACUUCUCGCGGCGCUCGCGGCCACCAACUGGUGUGCAUUGGGCCCUGGACCCGAACUCAACGCUUGAUGAGCUUUCCCGUCGACCUGUGGAUUCUGCGCCUUCUGCUGCACCGGCUCUGGGCCACGGCGCCUCAAAUGACCGGAAAUUGAUUGCGCUGAAGCACGGUACCGCCAGGCCCUUUGCUGCCGAGUUAAAUGAGCGCUUUCUGGCGCAGAUAUGGCAAUCGCUGGGUGCCCUUGUACUAGACGCCGCGGAUGCAUCCCCCAACGAAGCCAAGUUGGCUAUGUCGGUUGUUCACCGCACUCUUGCCCGUCUACAUACCUCUGGCGCUAUAUCCGACAAGGUUUAUGAUUGGACUCCGCCCCUUCGAUUUCAGAGCUCAUUUCGGCCUCCAGGGAUGUCCUUGCUCAAGUCCUCAAUCAUGCAAGCUCUGACUGAUGCUGCAUGGAUGGAGUACGAGGCAGACAUGGCUGACAAGGCUGCUGCAGUAGGCCAAGAAUCACCCUUCAUUCCGGUCAACCCGGUCAUCCGUGAACUAGGACCAUCAAUUUGGAUGGAGUUGAUUCUCUGGUGCUGUGUCGAGCAAGGCUUCACUGAAGAGGGGGUGUGGCUCAUAGAACGAAUGAAGAGACAUUCGGGCGACAUCCGCUGGACGGCCAAGAACUGGAACAAGCUGCAUAUGAUCGACGAGUCCGCACGCGUUUGGAAGACUGAUAUCGACCUGGAAGGCAAAUGGCGUGAGCCACAGGACCCUGGAGUGCUCUACAGGCAACUUCAGGAGAAUUACAUCAAGAAAAGGCUUGACCUAACUCCCUUCGUCGGGAUGGGUGAGCGAACGAUUAGUGAGGAAGUUGUUUGUGCAUUGUUCGACAGUCUCCCAAACCUGGCAUAUUCAGGGACCGGUUUCCGAGGCAUGUCACCCAGCCGCAUGGCGUCUUGCGUUUUCUCAUUAAGGUUCAUUAUCUCUGCACCGAGGGUCAAGCGUUUGUUCGUGACAACCCAGAGAUUUAAUUCUUUCCUCAUGCGGGUGCUAUCAGCUGGAGGGAUCAACGCUCAAAAGGACCCUACUUGUGUUGUUGAACUUCUCAAGACCUCACCGACUGUAGUGCCGCCUUGGGUCCCGCCUUACGUGCAAGUCACGGAUAUAGGGCAUCUCGAGAGCUUGCAUCAGUGGGAUUUCUACAAUCAAACUCUGGCGCCAGUUGGCCUGCUCGAAUACACCCUUAGGUAUUCUUCGUCCUUGCGACGGUCUGGGGAGGCCUUACGAACAUUUGCAUGGCUGCAGGAAAUAGAAGACGAAAGCAGACAACAGCGGACAGACGAAUCCUUUAACCUGGAAGCCGUAGGCGCUGGGGACUCGCUCGACUCUUCUUUGUCACCCAUGCCGCAUCUGUCGAGUGUGACGCUGGCCGAACUGCUCGACUUGCUCACUGCGUCACGGGCUUACGAGUCCGCUGAAUGGCUAUUCUCUGCUACAGACGUCGAAAGGCCUGCUAUCUCAGAGGACGUGUACGGUGACCAGAACAUAGCACCAUCAAUCCUUCGCUUUGCCGCCGCCACGAAAAACCAAGCCCUCGCUAAAUCCGUUAUUGCAUCUCUUCAGCAGCCUCUCUCCACUAACACCUUGCGUGCCCUUCUUAACUACCGCAUAGUUCAAGGCGAAUGGGAUUCAGUGGUAACAGUGUUCGCGUACCUUCGCCGCCACCGCCAUAAGUCCUGGGGUCACAGCAACGUUGCCACCUUGGCAGCAGAGAUCAUCCGUCUGGAACACGCGAUCCAAGAGUUAGGGGAAGAUCCGGAACGCCUCGGUACAGACUAUGAGCGGAAGCGCGCCAGCCUCGUCAGUUCUUUUGACACAGCGAAAGCAAUCCUCGGCCGUUUAUUUACCGGAGAGUUCAACGAACGCCAGGGCCCGAUCCUAUCGGGCAGCGCUGUCCCCGUCCAGAGCCGGGACUUCCAACAACGUGUCCUCGCGAGUUUUUGCCGCAUUUUCCUCGAUUUCGUGGAUUCCCCUGCCCUUCGUGAUGUCGCCGCUUCCAGCACGCAUCACCAAAAAUUCAAGGUCACUUCGCGCACUUUGAUCCCCUACAUUCCCUCGACUGCGUUCCACCAGAUCCUCGAGGCCGUCGUUGACACGCAAGGCAGCGCCGCGGGCAUGAACCUCUACUUCAAGACCUGCUUGGAUAUCCUCUCACCGGAAACGGUCAGGAUGCGGGAGGGCGGCAUCCCGCGCAUGUACCUGCACUCCGAACGCGUCCUCGAGCGAGCCGACCCCCACUUCGAUCCGGUGUACUUCCGGGGCAAGCAGGAGAAGUGUGUGAUUCCGAACCUGAAUACCAUUCGGAUCAUCCUACGGGCAGCGAUGAAGGAAUACAACGCCAACAACACGAACCCGUCCUGGCCCGUCCUGGACUUCUGCAUCCGGCGCUACUUCCGCUUCGGCCUCUCCUACAGCGAGGUCAACCGCGAAACCGGCGGAAAACCAAAUACAAAGAAGAAGCAGGAGAAGAAGUCAGAACAUCGUUGCGAAUGA